AUGGCGCGCAAGAAGAACAAGGGCACCAAGCGCGGCGAGAAGGAGAACGCGCAGACCAAGGCCGACGCCUUCGCGGCGCAGGUCGGCCAGGGCAGCAAAGCGAAGAAGGCGCCCAAGGAUGCGAAGCCGGCCGCGACGCAGCCCCUGAAAGCGCCGGCGGAUGGACCGGCGCCGACGCCGCCGGCGACGCAGCCCCCGAACACGGAGACGCAGCAGCCCCCGAACACGGAGACGCAGCAGCCCCCGAACACGGAGACGCAGCAGCCCCUGGAACCGCCGGCGGAGACGCAGCCCCUGAAACCGCCGGCGGAGACGCCGCCGCUCCUCGACGACGACGCCGCGGCGGACCUCGCGAAGCGCCUCGAGGCCGCGCGGCUCGAGGGCGAGCGGCUCAAGGCCGAGGCCGCGCGCGAGCCGCCGGCGACGCCGAGCCCGGUGGCGGCCGAACCCUUCCUCUCGCCGGCGACGGCCGCGGCGCCGUCCUACGAGAGCCUCCUCUCCGACGAGAGCCUCCUCGCGGCCAUCGGCGGCGCCGCGGACGUCGACGACGCGCCGCUGUCGGCGUCGGACCGGGCGCGCCUCGCCCUGGAGACCAUGCGCUCCGAGGCCGCGGCCUUCGCGCGCGCGAAGAAGGAGUCGCCCGCGCCGUCGCCCGUCGUCGCGCCGCCGCCGCCGCCGCCGCCGCCGGCCCGCGAGGAGGCCGUCGCCGACGAGGACGAGGGCGCGCGGGAGCGGCUGCGGCUCGCGAGCGAGCGCGCGAAGGCGAUGAUGGCGUCCUUCCGCGCGGAGGCGUCGGCCUACGCGGAGGAGAAGCGCGCGGCGCGGGAGGGGGCGGCGUCGCCGUGA